AUGGGGCUUUGUUCGAAGCGAUUCGGCUACGAAAGCCCAGCGGUGGGCACGUGGUGCAUAGCGUUGAGCUUGCAGCUCGUGACGGGCGUUAUCAUGGUCAUCGUUGGCUACGACAGCAACAUCCGUGACAUUUUGGAGGCGGCUUCUCUCACCAGCAACGCGUACCGUGUCUUCACGUGGAUGGGUGUAGUCCAUGUCGCACUUGCCGUGCUGAUCGCUGCCGUGGUGGCCUUAGGUCUCUUUGUCAGUCCGUGUUUCUUGUGCCCUUUGUGCAUAAUCAAUAUCGCGGAGAGCAUUUACUGCGUCGUGAGUGCUGCCACUGCGGGAGCAUAUCUGCAGCCGUACAUUUCGUACGUAAAGCACUCUGAGCUUGCGUUCGAAGGCGCUAGCUCGUGGUCGGCUGGUGACACGUUCUUCGCUCGAACCAACAGCGGAUACAUCCUGGCUGCUUCGGUUCUCGCGCUCGCGACCCUCGCUUCGUUCGGCCGUGCGAACGGCAUGAGCAACGACACCCCCAUCCCUGAGGCCCAACUGUACGUCCCCUGUGUCACCUUGAUCAUCGUAUGUGGUGGCAUCUUCCUUAUCGGCGGUGGCGGCCAAGGUUACACUGUCAGCAUGGGCGUGAUCUGGUUCAUUAUUGCGGCGGGCGUCGUCAUCAUGUUGAAUAUCACUCACUGCUGCCUGUCGCCGAAGAUCUGCAAUAUUCUGGUAGCUGCGGCGUUCGCGUGUGUGGUGGUCUUCGCCAUGAUCAGCUGCAUUGUAACUGCAGCCACGUAUCGUAGCGUUGUGGACGAAAUUGGGAUUUCCGGCGUGCCCCAAUACUCCAAGGCUCCGUCAGAGGAUAUUUGGGACAAGUACAAGGUGUAUGCAAUUAUGGGUGGGGGCAAAUGGCUUGUCAUCGAGUCCUGCACUUCACUGGCUUGCGCCAUCCUGGGACUUUUCUCCACUGUCUACUCCAUCCGUUCUGUCCUGAGUUGCUGCGGCAAAGGCGAGUAG